CUCUCGCGAUAAGCGCUGGUAGUCUGGAUGAAGCCGUCAAAGAAGCAACAUGGAGUGGAACAGUGACUUCAAAUUUUCAAAAAAUUACCCCAGGAAAAAAUUUGGGUAGGGGUGCCUUCGGCAGUGUCUUCGCAGCAACAAUCGAUGGCAACACUUAUGCAGUCAAAGCAUUGGGCUCAAAUAAUGCCAUUAAAGAUACAAUAAGAGAAGUGGACUCGCUGCGGACGCUGCAACAUGAAAAUAUAAUGAAAUUAUACGCCUUAUCGACCGAUGAGUUCGAUAGUCUUCAUCUUGUUAUGGAAUUUAUGCCGGGUGGAUGUCUGCAUAGCUUACUGGAGAACAAAGAUAUUCCGAUUCCAUUUGAACAAGCUUUUGGCUAUAUUCAACAGUCGGCCGCGGCCAUCAGUUAUAUACAUAGCCAGGGCAAGUUGCAUCGGGACAUAAAGCCGCUAAACAUGCUGCUCUCAGCUGAUCAGCGGGUACUGAAACUUGGCGACUUUGGCUCUGUGCGGGACUUACAGAAUUCAAUGACCAGCCAGAAAGGCACGGUUCUGUAUAUGGCACCUGAGGUUUUCAACGGCAAGCAUUAUAAUGAAAAAUGUGAUGUCUACAGUUGGGCCAUUAGCAUGUGGCACGUCUUAAGCCGGCUAAUUCCAUUUAUCAAUUUCAACUUAAGGAAUUUGAUGAAAGCCAUUCAGAACGGUGAGCGCCCAAAGCUUGAAGAUAUUUCAUACGUCGAGUGUACCGAUAGACUGAAGCAGCUCAUUGCGAGCUGCUGGCAGGGCGAAGCGAGUAUACGUCCCGCUAUGUCCGACGUAUUAGUCACCUUAGAGAGCUGUCGAUGAAUAAGCUAACUUUAUCAAUGAACAAUAUCUAAUCAAUAGAAUCCCAGUUCCCACGUAUAGCGGAAAUGUAAAAUCGUUCAGUGGAUUUUUUUUUGUCUUAUCAA